GGACUCGCCGCGUCGGCGAGGAAAGGGGGAGGGGUGGGGGGGGUGUACCCCGAACUCUGCGCUCGAGCGUCCGCGGGAAGACGCAUGGCCGCCGGGCCCCUGGUCCCGUAUCCCAGCCGCGGGGGGAGUGGGCUGGAGUGACCCGCGCGGGGAGGAUGGUCUGAGGAGGCCCGGAGGAGCACCCGCCGCACCACACACUACGCCGCACCGCACCGCACCGCGCCGCCCGGCCCGACUCUCCUCUCCGAGGACCGGAGGCGCGGGCCCUCCUCUCCUCCGCUCCGGUUUCAUCGUCCGUCCGGGAAGGGGGGGGGAACCGGCUCCUACGCCCCCCCCGAGUUUCGGCUCCGCUUUCUUCAUCCCUUUCCUCCUUCCUUUGGUCACUUUUUUAACCCUUUUGCUCUUUUUUUCUUUUUGAGGUUCGGGGGAUUUGCCAAAACCUGUUUCAUGCAUGUCCAGUGGGGGCAGGUUCGACUUUGAUGAUGGGGGGUCAUACUGUGGAGGGUGGGAGGAGGGGAAGGCCCACGGCCACGGCAUCUGCACGGGCCCCAAGGGCCAGGGCGAGUACUCGGGGUCCUGGAGCCACGGGUUCGAGGUGCUGGGCGUGUACACCUGGCCCAGCGGGAACACCUACCAGGGCACGUGGGCCCAGGGCAAGAGGCACGGCAUCGGCGUGGAGAACAAGGGGAAGUGGGUGUACAAGGGCGAGUGGACGCACGGAUUUAAGGGACGCUACGGCCUGCGGGAGAGCACCGGCAGCAGCGCCAAGUACGAGGGCACCUGGAGCACCGGCCUGCAGGACGGAUACGGCACCGAGACCUACUCCGACGGAGGGACGUACCAGGGCCAGUGGGUGGGCGGGAUGCGGCACGGCUACGGGGUGCGGCAGAGCGUGCCGUACGGCAUGGCGGCCGUCAUCCGCUCGCCGCUGCGCACGUCCAUAAACUCGCUGCGCUCCGAGCACAGCAACGGCACGGCGCUCCACCCGGACGGGCCGGGCGUGGCGGGCGGGGGCGGGGCCGGCGGCGGCGGCGGCGGCGGGGGGGGUGGCGGCGGGGGCGGGGCGGCGGGCAGCCCGGCCGUGUCGCGCGGCGGCUUCGUCCUGACGGCGCACGGCGAGUCGGAGCUGGCGCGCGGGAAGAAGAAGGGCCUCUUCCGCCGCUCCAUCCUCAGCAGCCUCAAGCUGCGCAAGUCCGAGUCCAAGAGCUCGCUGGCCAGCCAGCGGAGCAAGCAGAGCUCCUUCCGCAGCGAGGCGGGCAUGAGCACCGUCAGCUCCGCCGCGUCCGACGUCAACUCCACCGUCAGCCUGGGCGAGGGCGAGGCCGAGCUCUCCGUCGCCGAGGACGACCUGGACGCCACCACCACCGAGGCGUACGCCGGCGAGUGGAAGAACGACAAGCGCUCGGGCUGCGGCGUCAGCCGGCGCUCCGACGGCCUCCGCUACGAGGGCGAGUGGCUGGCCAACCGCCGCCACGGCUACGGCUGCACCACCUUCCCCGACGGCACCAAGGAGGAGGGCAAGUACAAGCAGAACGCGCUGGUGAGCGGCAAGCGCAAGAACCUCAUCCCGCUGCGCGCCAGCAAGAUCCGCGAGAAGGUGGACCGCGCCGUGGACGCCGCCGGGAAGGCCGCCGACAUCGCCAAGCAGAAGGCCGAGAUCGCCCUGUCCAGGACGGCCCACGCUCGGGGGAAGGCGGAGGCAGCCAUGGGCGCGGCUCAGAAGGCGCAGGAGGAGUGUCGGCUGGCCAGGGUCACUGCCAAAGAAUUCUCCCCCUCCUUCCAUCACCGCGGAAACGGAGUGGAGUGCCAAAGGCCAAAGCAUCAGAACUCGAGUGAGAACGACAUCGAGGCGAUCUCCAGCUGCACGCCGGACAGCCCCGAGCUCUACAUGAAGGGCACCACGCCCCCGGACCUGACGCCCGACCUGAGCCCGGUGCCCAGCCGCCCCUCCACCCCGCCCUGCAGCCCGCCCAAGCCCUCCCACCGCACCAAGAACGCCCGCUUCCUGCGCCAGAGCGCCGUGGACGACGAGCGGGGCGCCGCCGAGAUCCAGGUGCUGAUGGAGGGGCGGGGCGGCGGCGGCGGCGGCGGCGGCGGAGGAGGGGGCGGGGACUACCUGCGGGCCAACAGCUGGAGCGAGGACAAGCGGCACCCGGGGGGCGGGGGCAGCCGGGGCAGCAGCCGCUCCGUCACCCCCUCGGCCCAGGACGAGGGGCGGGGCGGGGGGCGCGCCAACGGGCACCGGCACGCCCAGUCCAACCACAAGCCGCGGGAGCGGUGGGCGGACUGCCCGGCGGCGGGCUGGACGGCGCAGCGGGCGCUGAGCGAGGGCCUGGCCCGCUCCCGGCUGCUGGAGCAGGACGAGGAGAAGCUCAGCAACUACGAGAUGGAGAUGAGGCCGCUGCUGCCCAUGGACUCCGCCUCUCAGAAACACUACGGCCACGCCCACCCCGAGCCCCGCCCCCACGCCCAGCAGAGACUGCGGCCGGCCAAGGGCCGCGAGGGCAAGGAGGGGGCGGGGCCCCCCGGGGCCCGGGAGGGCAGGGAGGGGGCGUGGCCCACGGGCCUCCCGCCCGACCCGUUGCAGAAGCUGGAGGCGCGGCCUCUCUGUCGGGACCUCACCCUCUCCCCCCCACAGAAAUCUCCGCCCAUUGCACUAGAACAGGACGAGGAGAACAUGACCCAGCUCAAAUCAAACUCGGGUUCCAGCUCUAUUCUGGUUGUCAUGGUGAUUUUGCUCAACAUUGGAGUGGCCAUUUUGUUUAUUCACUUUUUUAUUUAAACAAUGUAUUGCCUAUUAAUUCUUCUUAUUUAUCUAUACUAUUGUUAUGAAUUAAUAUGAAAACUAUCACGGCUAUUCACCCCCCCGCCUCCCCCAACCCCCUUCAGCCCGUUUUGGCAAAGAGACAUAAUACGGUCUACACAGAAUAAGAAGCUCCAUUAAAGAGGUGUGUGAGGUCAAAAUUAGCAGAGCGGCAAAGGCUCAAUUUUCACCAUUCUGCUCCUGACCUCCCCCCCCCCCCCCCCAAGCCCCCCCAGCUCCCUCCAUUACCCACUUAUUUCCACAUUCCUUUUAAAGACCACUUUAACUUAUAAUUUAACUUAUUUAUUUAUUGGCUAAAGAUAUUUAUGAUAAAUUGCAAAUUAUUGUUUUUUUUUUUAUUACUGUUUAUUGCUCACUUGCCUUGUUUUGCUCUGUUGAUGAUGUUGAUGGGUUUAUUACUUUAUAUAUUUUCUUGGGAAGUUAAAAAAAAAAGAGAUUAAAAUCUGGUGCGGGCUUGUUAAAACCGUGUAGUUUUGUGGCCCCUGGGUGAAGCUCCGCCCCCCCUGCCUGUCAAGUGGUUCCCAUGGUGAGACCACGCCCACUCGCCGUCACCAGGAGGGGAGUCCCAACAGGACGUGUCUGUGACUCCUUCCGGAGAACAGAUGGUCAAGCGGAUGCUGGUCCCCACCCUCCCCAUCUUGGACACGCCCUCCCAGGAACCGGCCCCUCCCCCCUUUCCACAGCCCCGGGGGAUUGUGGGAUUGGUGGAGUCUGGAGAAAAGAAGGGAUUCUUAAACAGGGCUACUCACUCUCAACCGUAUGCAACAGAGGAGAGACAGGCUGUCUGAAAGGGCUUCAUCACUGCAUUCAUGUCAGCAUGGAAACCCAGAAAUAUUUUCUCACCAUAAUGAUCACGCGCACCAGGAAACACUUACACACACGCACACACACACACACGCACACACAU